CACUCUCUAUCUCCUCCCUAGUUGUCGAGGAAACCCUAACCUUCUUCAUUCGCCUUUUUUUCAUCUCUUGACUCUUAUCUUCAAAGUGCCAAACCGCGUCACCUCUACCACCCUUCCCUCCGAGAUCCAAUCUCCGUUGUUUCCGUUUUUGCUUCACCGUUGAAGUUAGGGUUUCUUCUUCAUAAACAAACAUGUCUGCAGCUUUGGAUAUGACCCUCGACGAUAUCAUUAAGAACAACAAGAAAUCCGGAUCCGGCAACUCCAAGGGUCGCACCCGAGGAUCCGGAUCCGGACCGGGACCCGCUCGCCGCCUUCCCAACCGCGCCGCUAACCGUGCUGCACCGUAUACCACUGCUAAGGCGCCGGAGACGGCGUGGCAGCAUGACAUGUAUGCAGAUCAGCCCGUGCACGCGGCAGCAUAUCCAGUUCAAGGUGCUCGAGCGUCUUCCAUCGAAACGGGAACCAAGCUCUACAUAUCUAAUUUGGAUUAUGGUGUUUCCAAUGAUGAUAUUAAGGAAUUGUUUUCUGAAGUUGGUGACCUGAAACGGCAUAAUGUUCAUUACGACAGGAGUGGGAGAUCGAAGGGUACAGCUGAAGUAGUCUUCUCGCGACGAGCUGAUGCUGUAGCUGCAGUAAAGAGGUACAACAAUGUUCAACUAGAUGGGAAACCAAUGAAGGUAGAGAUUGUGGGAACAAACAUUGCUACACAGCAUGCUGUGGCUCCUGCUGCAAAUGGAGCUUUUGGAAAUUCAAAUGGAGUUCCCAGAAGUGGACAAGGGAGAAGUGGGGCAUUUGGAAGGCUGCGUGGCGGAGGAGGUAGUGGCGGAGGAGGUCGAGGACGUGGCAUUCGAAGGGGUCGAGGACGUGGAAGAGGUCGUGAUGAUUCGAAGGUAUCUGCAGAAGAUCUUGAUGCUGAUUUGGAGAAGUAUCAUGCAGAGUCAAUGCAAUUAAACUGAAGGAAUCACCCAUUUCUGUUUUCUUGCUAUUACAUUUGCGGUUGUUAGGGGCAUGGUGAUGGAACACCACCUAAUUAUGUAUCUUUAUCAUAGUCAUGCUUUUACAGAAAGGGGGAGGAUAACUUCUAGAGUGAAAACUUUUACGGUUGAUAUAUGUAGUUUGGGAUUCUGUAAUCAAAUAUUUAUUUUCAUUGGGUAUGACUAUGAAAUGUGGGUGAAGAAACAGAAGUCAGCCUGUAUUAUGCACUCGGGCUUCCUUUCAUUGGCUUUAAUCAUUUGUUUAUACAACAAGUGGCUAUGGAAGUGGGAGCCAUGAUCUUGUUUAUCCAUGCACAAAGAAAGCAUUGGCUGCAAAAUGUGGGAGGCUGCAGAAUUCACCCACAACUACUUUGUGUGCUUUGGUUAUAAUGUUACAGUGGAAUCUUCAAAUGAGGUAGAUUCCCUGUCCUCCUUUCACCCCCUUUUAAAGAAAAGGAAUUAUUUGAUCGCUUUUGGUAGUAUCAUUUUCCUAUGCUAUAAAUAUCUUGUUUGAUAUAAUCUUAAUACAAUCUUGAGAUUUUCAUAGUUAUAUGUUGUUUUAGGCGAGUAAUUUUUCUCUCGACUUUUUGGUAAUUUUGGCAUAUUAACUAGUGAGAUGGAAUUAUCAUCUGUUCUUCACCGGUUGAGUGCACUGCUCAAGCUAAGAACUUGUCAACAGAUGAAGAGCCUUCCGGUAUUAGGGUGCUGCAAGAGUUAAUAUCUAUGUUCACUCUAUUGCAUCCAGGUUAAGUGUCCCGUGUGUUUUUGAAUUCUGUUUGCAUUUUUUACCCUAUUUUUGAUCUGCAAUUCUCAGAACUGUCAGCGGGUUGAAGUUGUGCUGGUCGUUCUGACAUGACAGACUACAUUUUUACUGAUUGGAACUGUGAGGUACAUAGGAAAGGGGGAGUUGAGUCGAAGAGCCUACUUUAUUAAUGCUAAUCUGAGUAGUUUUUGAAGUUACAGUCGAACACAACUGUCGUUAUAGGGCAUCUUGAUGUACCUUACAUGGGUGUGGGAAAGUGUGCUUUGGGGAUUUUUUCACGUUGGCUGGUUGCUCCGUUUACCUUCGUGCUAUGUUUCUCCUCCGUACGGGAUGUUUCAGAACAAGCCAAUAUGAUAGCAAAAUAUUAUGUUCAUUGUAGCAGGUCACGCAAAUAAUCCACACACAUAAUAUAGUUUGUCUGGUUGUGCAAUAUUAUUGGAUUGCUUAGUUGAUUUUGACGGCAGAACUUCCGCUGGGAAAUGUUAAAUUCCUGUUGUUUGGAUUGCGGAGCUCAUACCCCGGCGUUGCUGCAAUUAGAACUUGUGGAUGUAGACUAAACAAAAAUUUGACUGUUAUUAUAAUCACUGUCAAUUUGGGAUAGCGUUUUAAUAUAAUAUGCUGUAACAUGCUAAGUUUGGUUGAUUCAGAAGAUAUUUAUUAUACUAGAGAAAUACUGUAAUAGUUAAACGCGAAGUUUUAUUGUCCAUGCUUUUUUAAU